AUGGAUCCUUCAAUGAAAUUAUCUUCACUCCUUAUUGCUUCGAUUGAGUCUACAGGUCAUGUCAUCGGAGUAGUGCUCAUUGGUUACAUAGGCUCAAGGUCUGGAAUAAUCUCACAAAAGACACGAAAGAAUUUAGCACUACUGGUUAUGAAUCUUUUCUUACCGUGUUUAUUAUUCUCCCAUAUUGGAAGUAAUAUUUCAGCUUCGAUGUUAUUAAAUCUAUGGCCAUUAGCAUUCUUUUGUAUAAUGUACAUUGUCAUUGGAACGUUAUUUAGCAAGCUCGGUUCAAAACUAUUGGGAUUAAGCUCCUCAAAUAAAACGUUUGUUGAACGUUCAAUUACGUUCAAUAAUAUAACGAGUUUACCUGUGGGAUUCAUCAAAGUCCUAGCAAACACCAAUGCAAUACGAUUGUUGGCAUGUGAUGAUGAUGAAUCACCUGAAAAAACUGUGUCACGUGACGUAGCUGGUUUAGGUUUAUGUAUUCUGGAUCAGAUACUUUCAAUUGAAAAUUUCACAAAAGUUUCCGAAGAGUAUUUAAAAACAUUACCGAUUCAUUAUGACGAAACAACUCCUUUAAUACCGGGUUCUUCUUCUCGAUCUAAAUCCAAAUGUAAAAAAUUAUUUAAAACAAUUAGCAGUGUUAUGAGUCCACUUUUAUUUGCUGGAAUAUUGGCUAUAACAAUCGGUACAAUCCCAUCACUCAAGAAGAUUAUUUUCUUUGAACAAUCUUCAUUUCACAUAAACAUUACACGUGCAAUGCAAUAUAUAGCAUCAAUGACAGUUCCAAUGACACUUUUAAAUAUUGGAGCACAAUCAGGAUUUACAACCAAACUUAAAGAACGUGAGACAAUUAAAUCGAUUUCAUUCAUUAUGUUUUGUAGAUUGUUCAUAAUGCCUGUUAUUGGUGUUUUUAUGACUUUAACCGCGAGAAAGUGGCUUAUUGAUGAUCCUAUGUUGUUAUUCGUAUUAUUCUCUUUGGCUUGUUGGCCUACCAAUAUUGAUUUUAUGAAUACCGAAAGCAAUACGGCAGCCUUAAUGUUUUAUUCUUAUUUAGUUUUCGCUCCUUUGAUUACCCUUACGUUGGCUACUUUAUUAAAUUUUGUCAAGUUGAUGACUUGA